CAAAAUCUAAAAGAUCCAAAAACCAAAAACUAUAAUCCAAAAUCACUCAAAAUCUUUGAAACAUUCAUGGCCUAAGUAUAGCUCGUCACCAACACAACAAUUCCAGGCAGAACCAGUAAACUUGUGAUUUUCUCAGAUCUAACAUGAGCGUGAAAAACAAUGAAGAGUCCAAGAACAUGGACUGUCAAAUUUGGAGAGACCUUCCUUUGGAGCUUCUAAGCUCAGUAAUGACUUAUCUUGAAAUUAAAGAUAACGUAAGAGCUUCUGUUGUAUGCAAAUCUUGGUAUGAAGCUGCAGUUUCUGUUAGGGUCAUUGACCAGUCUCCUUGGCUCAUGAGCUUUUCUCAAACCAAGAACACUUACGAGUUUUUCGAUCCAUCAAACUGCAAGAAGUAUGCAAUGGAGCUGCCUAAAUCAUUAGUUGGCUCUAUUGUUCAUUAUUCUAAAGAUGGUUGGUUACUUAUGAGCAAAGACUUUUCAUCAGAGUUUGUCUUGUUCAAUCCAUUUACUAUGGAUCUUGUGGUCUUGCCUGAUCUUCAGUUGUGGAAUUAUUAUCAGUUAGUGGGUUUCUCUUGUGCUCCUACUUCAAGUGAGUGCGUGGUGUUUACUAUGAAGGAUUAUGAUCCUGGCCAUGUCACUAUCCGCACUUGGAGUCCCGGUCAAACGACUUGGAGUUCAAUGCAGGUUGAGUCUCAAUUUCUUGAUGCUGAAUAUAAUAAAGUGGUCUUCUCAAAUGGUGUGUUUUACUGUCUUAACCGCAAAAAAUUCCUUGCGGUUUUCGAUCCAUCUUUACGCACAUGGAAUGUUCUUCAUAUACAACCACCUAGAUGUCCCAGUGAGGAGAGGUCGGAUGGAGGAAGGUACAUGGUUGGUUAUAAAGGAGAGAUAUUUUUAGUACAUACAUAUGAAAACACGGAUCCUUUGGUGUUUCAGCUCGAUCUUGCAAGAGGUACAUGGAAUACAAAUGAUACACUUGGUAGUUUAACUAUUUUUGCGAGCAGUAAGUCAUGUGAAUCGACAACUUAUGUCAACGAGGGGAUGUUAAGGAAUAGCAUCUACUUCCCUAGCUACGAUGAGAAAUGUUGUGUGGCGUAUUCGGUUCAUGAAAGGAGAUACCACCCGCGUGAACAUAAUCUCGAUUUAGGAAACCAGCUUUCUUCUGAUGACAUUUGGAUUGAGCCUCCCAAGAACGCUACUGAGAUAGUUGAAAAGAGUAUUGGCAAUGCAUGUGUGGAGUUUACAUCAGUUUGAUCUGGACACAUCUCUAGAGUAAGUGUUAUAGCUUCAUUUAAAUGUUAUAUGAUGUAAGAUUUGGAAACAGAGCUGGUUGGAUAAGCUUUUUACCAACAGAUUUGUGUUGUGAGGGUUAAUCAAUAUUUAUUUUUCUUCUAUUUCAA